GGUGAACAUUUUGAUCUCGUGGCGAAACAAUAACUGUCAUCACUUUUUAACCACUGAUGCGUAUGCUGUUGUCAUGAGGUGACAAUGUCCGUAAAACGGGUGAUAGUCCCUUACUUCUUUGGCUGGUUGCUUCUCAUCCAAGCCCCUAUCGCGGCCGUUGCGAUUUAUGCCUCAGUCUUUAUAUUUGGCGGUAAAACAGUUCCAUUUGUUCUAGCCGUGGUUGCCACUAUUUUGCACCUAUUACUGGGCAUAUACUGCUACGUAACUCGGUCGAAACCUGGGUCCUACCACGUUUUCGUGAUCCUGGCAUGGUUAGCCGCCUGCAUUGGUCUCUGGUGCGGCCCGUUGUCGUACUUUGCGAGGCUCAUUGCCAACUAUCGGGAGAGUGAGUGGUUGGCGGAGGGGACAAGCCAGCACCAGGCUUCGACUUGGACUAAAGCCGGAUGCGCCGUGUCCGCUUUGAGCAUUUUCAUUGAUAUUAUGCUGGCGGCGUUCUUCCUCCUCGCCGUAAGACGGCAGCAGACUCAAGAACCCGAGGAAGAAUAUUUUACAUCUCGCUCCCUCGAAGCUCCUCCACAACUCCCACCCUUCACCCCCAUCCAUCAUCACCGCAUUUCCUUGCCCUACCCACCUCCCACAGCUACACCACCGAAUCGAAACCCGCACCUCUCUCCAACCAUCAUCCCCGUGGCUCCCGAACGCCAGCCGCAACGACCACAACGACAACAGCCGCCCUCGCCACGGGAAACACACCAAAACCAACGACAACAACCACACCAACCACACCGCCACCACCACCACCACCACCACCAACCUUCCCUCUCCUCCAAACCCCUCCCCGCCCUCCCCCCCUUACCACUCCCCCCCCUCACCCUCUCCCCCACAACCCCCCCAAACCGCAUCGCCCUAAUCCUCCACCUCACCCACCUCCAAAACCCGCGCACCGGCCACUGGCCACCCUCCCCGGAACUCACCACCCUCCUGCACGCGUGGACAGGCGGGCGCGGGGCCGUGGCGCCCGGGGGACGCGGGGCGACGGCGCUGGCGCACGCCUGCCUGACCGAGCUGUGCGGGCGCGUGUGGGCGGCGCAGCGGGAGGGCCGCGAAGGGGAGGUGUUGAGUGCGGAGGAGUUGCGGGUGCUGGAGGGGGUGGGGUGGGAUUUGAGGUGGGUUGAGGGGAGGAUUGGGAGGGCGGGGGGGUGGUUGGAGAGGGGGGGUGAUGUGUAA